AUGUACGCAGCCUUGAUGGAUUUUCUUGACUUCAGCCUUGGGACUACGGUCUUGGGAUACAACCCUAUAGGAAAAAUUCACAAGGCUGCAAAAAAUGGAAAUUUAGACCAAAUGAGACUUCUGCUCUAUCAUGGAAGUUAUGUGAAUGAUACAGACAAGAAGGACAGAACCCCUCUCCAUUAUGCCUGUGCCUAUGGCCAGCCAGAAGUGGUGACAUUUCUAAUAAAAAUGAACUGCAACCUUCAGCUUUGUGACAGUGAUGGCAACACACCCCUGAUGAAGGCUAUAGAACACAAGCAAGAGGAAUGUGCCACGAUUCUUUUAGAAAAUGGUGCUGAUCCAAACAUUCAGAACAAAAAUGGCGCUACUGCUCUCCACUGGGCUGUCUUUUGUAGGAGCACAUCAAUGGCAGAAAAACUGCUUUCAUUUAAUGCAAACAUUGAUGCUCAGAGCAAGUAUGAGGAGACACCUCUUUUACUUGCUCUACAGUACAAUAAACUGCAAAUGGCAGAAUUUUUAAUCCAGAGGAAAGCAAAUAUACAUAUAGUUGACAAGGAAGAAAGAACAACCCUCAUGCUUGCUGUGAAACACAAAUCAAAAAAUAUAGUCAAGCUGCUUCUUCAAGGUGGUAUUAAUAUCUCUGCUGAAGACAAGUCUAAACAGACUGCGUUGUCUUACGCUAUCACUAGUGGUCAUAAUGCGUUUUCCAAUGAGCCUGGUCCUAAAGAUUCUAAUGAUUCCUGUUCUAUAUUAGAUGAGGGCAACUCUCCAGCUAAUACCAAGAAUGUCCCAGAAGAAAAACGAGAAUUAGAUGAAACUUUUCAGCAACACAGGAAAGAGGAAGCAAAAUAUGGCAUUGGUAAACAAGGAAACAAAAUCUUGUUUAACAACGUUGCUUUGAACAGUCAAAAGGAAGACAUGGCUGAAAGCACUAGGCACAAACAGGACGGAUUUUUUUGUGGGAUCAAUACCGAGUGUUACACUACUACCUGCUUACCAGGAUGUAUUGCGGGACCAUAUUCAGCUACAGAGUGCAUCUCUGAUACUGUUCCAGAGAAGUUUGUUUCUCCUAUAUUUGAUGAUGGAUAUCAACAAGCAAAAUCCAGAGUAAAGGAACAUCCAAGAGUGGAACCAUACAUGACUGUGACAAUCGAGGAAAGGCAGAGCAUACUUCAUGGCCCUGAAGACAGCCAGACACAGGUUCAAGAAGGAAGAAAGAGGAAUGAAACUGAGAUGGGAGCAAUACAAAACACAUAUGAAGUUGUUGGAGACAUUUACAAUGAUAGAUUAUUUUAUGAAAAUGAAAACGCUCAUCCUCAGCAGUUUUCUCCUGGGGAGAAUGAAGAGCAGGAUGGAUGUGCAUUAGAAGAAGAAGAGGAGAAGAGCAAAGAUUAUGAUCAGCUUUAUGAACAAUUUAAGGACCAGAUAAGAGAAAAAGAAGAGGAAUGUAAUAACCAAGUUGAAGUUACAAAACAACUUGAAAUCUCCCUGGAGACAUUAGAUGCCAAAUUGAGAACUACAAGAAAUAAGUUGAAUCAGGUUUCUACCACUGAAAUAGAGGAAGAACUGAGGCAUGAAUAUUGCAGGAUGCGGGAGGAAAUCACUGUGAUGAGACUGGACAUUGACACAAUAAAACACCACAAGGAAAAGGAAAAGAAAUAUCUUGAGGAUCUUGAAGUUUUAAGAGAAAAGCACGAUGACCUUCAAAGGACAAUCAAGCUGACGGAGGAAACAUUGACAAAAACAACCCUCCAUUAUAACGAACAGAUUAGCAUUCUGAAGGCUGAGCUUGAGAUGCAAAAAUCUAACCUGGAGAGUGAAGAAGAAAACACAGAGACACCAGAAACAGAAGUCAGUUCAUAUCCUGUCAGACUGGCUGCUGCUUCACCCCAUCGUGAUGAAAAUCAGACAGCAGAGAGAGACCUAGGAUUUGGUUUCCAGGGAGCAAGAAAUGAGGGCUUUAGUUUACAGGAUAAGGAGGACUUUGAUGUAUCUAAUCUAACUGUUGGUAACAAGCUUCUUCCCCAACAGCUUUCUAGGUCUGAGAUAGAAAUUGGUAGCCUAGAACACGAGGGCCGUCAUACGGUAGACACUCUCAGAAAAGUAACUUUUGAUUUAAUGCAGACACAAGGUCAAACGGAGGAAAUGGAAGACAGUGAUCAAGAUGAAGAAAGUCAAGGGAAUAAAAACACUGAAAAUCAGGAAUGGAUAGAGAAGAGAUUAUCUCAACCACAAAGUGGACUUACAUUGUCUCAACAGAAAUUGCAAGAACUUCACAACGAAGUUGAAGAUGAGGAAGACGUAGUCGUUAUUAUCCAAGACCAGUUUCACCAUACUGUGAACAUAUUUCAAGUUUGGACUGAAAAUCCCAUUCUCGGGCAGGAAAACAGUAACAUGGACUUAAUCGACAAAUGUAAUCAAUUCAAAGAAGAACUGUAUCAACAUGAAACGAUGGAAGUGGAAAGAGAAACACAAGUAGCAGCUCCAGGAAUUGCAGAGCAGCUAAGAGAGAAUAAUGAUGCUUCAGUAGGAAGUCAGGUGGAACUCAGAAUUAACAAUCUUAAUCUGAACUCUCUGAAUGGAAGACUGAAAAUCAAGAUACGACUGGAAGAAUCUGAGCAAUACUAUGAGGAAGAAUCCGAAAUCCAGAAGUCUGCCCCUCUUGGUCCUCUCACACACGCGUGCACAGUCUCCGUUGAUAUCUUACAUCCCCCUCCCGACGCCUUGGGCCUGGGACACGGUGUUAAGUCUUCAUCAGGCACAGGAAAAGCUGAGCCUCUUCAGGAGCACCCUGCCAGCGCUCUCGGUGGUCUGGUGGCUGAACCUUCCGCUCCUGGAGUCCCUUCGCUGCUCGUGGGGCAUUUUUCUGGAGUUACCCAGCGGAGCCCGGGUCCUGGCUCUGCCCCUGCGCGCUCCCGCCGCUCUCAGUCGCUGCUGUCCUGGCGCGUCGCUCUCGUUCCUGGCCUGGGGUCCCCGCCUUUCCCAGCUGGCCGACACCAGCAGGGGACCAAGGGGUCUGGGCUCCUCAGCGAUCCUGGCAUCCUGGCGGCGACUGUUCACAGAAGAGCCUGGAGCGCGCGGCCUGGAGAAGCUCGCGAGCAUAGGAAAGUGGUGGCGUCUUGGGGAGACACAGGGCGCCCUCUGGCGACGCCUGGCCACCGGCGAAGGCGGCUCGGCAGCGCCCGGAGCAGGAGUGGGCUGCGGGGAGGGCGAGCGGGCGAGCGCAGGCGCCUCCCUCUCGGCCCCACGUGCAUACCAGUGUCUCUCUUCCUGCGGAGCCGGCGCUCCAGAGCUGCGUGUGGCAGUGCCAUCCAGAGGUUCGCACCUUCUCCCCGCCGAGGGCUCCAGCCAGCCAGCCAGCGGGAGCCAGACGCGAGCCCAUUCCCGGAUGGGUGA